AUGUCGACCCCUGCAAAAGAUCGCGCCCCUCGCAAAAUCACUGCGACAAGACGAGGCCUCCCUGUCCCAACGCUCACACGGGCCUCCGACGUGAAGGAAGCAAAUCACGAUCAAGCACCACUGGCAAUGGCCUCGGAAAUGGCUACAGAAGAAGGAAGUCCCCGCAAAAAACAGAAGCGCACAUCAAGCCGCGGGGCCGGGUCAGCGCGGCAAUACCUCGACUUGGCGGCCGUCAGCGACGACGGCGACGACAGCGAAUAUGACCAGGACGAUGACGCCGGAACAGACGACUUUAUCGAAGAUACAGAGGGAGAACUUGACUCGAACCAAUAUCGUUCUAUGUUGGAUGGAGUUACAAGAAAAGUUCACUGGCAAGACAAAGAAGACGAAAAAAGUGCCGAACAGCUCGCUAAGGAAAUUGAGGAACGGUACAAGGCUCAACGGGCAGCACUUCAGUCCACCGGCGAGGGAUACAGUGUCCCUCAGCGCCUGCUGAUUCCGUCGAUCAACGACCCAGCGCUGUGGAAGGUGAGCGUGAAGCCUGGUAAGGAGCGCGAAUUGGUCUUCCGUCUCCUGCGUAAAGCGAUCGACCUAGCCGCGACAUCGACGCCGUUGCCAAUUCUAUCAGUCUUUGCGCGCGACGCCAUUCAAGGCAGCAUCUACAUCGAGGCCCGUCGGGCUGAAUACAUCUCGUUCGCAUGCGACGGCUUGGUCGGUGUUUAUCACGCUCGCCCUGGCGCAGUUCAACUCGUGGCGAUCGAAGAACGCGCAGCGUUGCUGCAGUUGAAGCCACGUGAGACUACUGAUCUUGCGAAAGGCAAUUGGGUACGCUUCAAACGCAAAGGAACAUACCAGGGAGACCUCGCACAAGUGGUAGAAGUCUUCGAACCCGGCGAAUUCAUCAAGGUUCGGUUUGUUCCGAGAAUUGAUUUACAAGUUGGAGACUACGAUGCCGGGGCAAAGAAAGACAACGAAGACGAUGUUGCUAGUACACGGCGCAAAGCAAAGAGCUUUAUGGGUUGGGCCGGUACCAACAAGAUUCGACCGCCUCAGAAACUUUUCAAUGACCAGGAGGUGCAGAAGGUAUACGGUGCCAGGAGUGUGCAGAAACGCAAUCAAGCAUUUUUGUUCGAGGGAGAAAUAUUCAUCGACGGUUUCGUGGAGAAAGAAGUGAAGAGACUGCAUCUGAUCUGGGUAGACGUCACCCCAACAGUGGAGGAGUUCAUGUACUUCAAAGGCACAGGAGAUACCACUCUGGACUUAUCUGGGGUAAAGCAACUGGCGAAGAAGACAUCGGGGACGGUGGCAUUGCAACCAGGGGACAGAGUACAAGUAAUCGAAGGCGAGCAGGCUGGAGUAUAUGGUCAUGUUGCACAAUUUCAGAAAGAGAUUGUGACUGUCCAUGUCCGUGAUGAGGAAAUGAUCGAGGUAUCCCUCGGAGCCGUCCGCAAGAUUUUCAAGGCUGGUGACCACGUCAAGAUCAUCGAUGGCCAAGGUAGAGGCGAGACGGGUCUAGUUGUUUCUGUCGGUGCAGUCUCGGAUAUGGUCACCCUCGUCUCGGACAUGACCCUGGAAGAGAUAACCGUGCGAUCUGAAGCCAUUCAAGUAUCGCCAGAGGUUGGCACGGGGGCUAAUCAUGCAGGCAGCUAUAAGAUGCACCAGCUGGUGGAGCUCAACUCGCAACUCGAGGGUGUUAUCUUCAACAUUCAAGGCAACACUUUGCAGAUACUGGAUGUGAACGACGACAUUCGCCAGCUCCAGUCGCAACAUGUUUCGUUCGCUAUUUUUCCCGACGAGCGGUUUGGCAGCGGGAUGCGGGACGCAGAUGGACAGCGAAUUCAGGUCGGAGAACUGAUGAAGGAGCUUGCCUUGCCGGGCAGACGUGGACGCGUUAUCGGCGCCAUUUCCCGAGUAGCCCAAGUCUUUCUCUACGACCCACAAUUGCAAAACAAAACAAACGGAGUUUUCACGGCCAGGCCGAAAACGCUGGUCGCACAAAGCCAAGGAGAUAUCGAUAGUGCGGGCCAUAUGAUCGGUGAUUUCAGGCAUGGCCCGGGGUAUCUGGCAGGAGCGAAUGUUAUAAUCGUCAAGGGCCGUUGGAAGGGGUAUUGGGGCAUUAUCAAACACACACAAGGGACAACGGCGCGCGUUGAAGUUCAAGCUACGCUGAGCUCAGGCUACCCUGGAGAUGUCACUGUGGAGCAGACGAGCCUGAAAUUGAGAUUAGAAAAUGGACGGCUAGCAGAAUUAAGCACGUUCAGACCGCCACGGACCUUGCGUCGUCUGAUUGAUGACUCCCCAACGGACACCACUGCUCAGAAAACAGCAUCGAAUUCAAUCCCAGUCGGGCAGCGCAAUGCAACAGGCUGGGCGUCUCCAUUAGCCGGGAGUAGCAGUCCCGCACAAUGGGGCCAAACCACGAGCCCGAGGUGGGACAACGGCAGUAAAACUCCAUACGUUGGUGGAGGCAAUUCGACACCGGCAUGGAGUCCAACUUCGCAAGUUCCAGGUGCCAACACCAGUGUAUGGGGAGGACAGACUCCGGCAUGGACCGCACCACCACCAGCUACUGCAGCGAGUCCUAUUCCAAAAGGUCCCAGUAGUUUCGACACCAACCCAUGGGGAGGAAAAUCUCCAGCAUGGGCUGCCGAAGCUUUUGCCCCGCCAGCGACCGCCCCAACAUUUUCUCCAAACGUAGUCCAAACUCCGCAGGAUGACGGUUGGUCAUGGGGCCUUCCAAGCAGCGAGGCUUUCUCUCCCAGUGUAUUCGCUGCACUAACUCCAGUCGCUAUAAACACUGUGCCAUACGAUCCCCCCAAAGAUUGGCUUCUUGACUCCGCAUUCGCCUCUUGCCGUCCCCGCAUAAUGGUCCGCAUCUGCGGCACAAAAAACGCAUCGCCUCCCUAUCUCGAAGGCAUCUACGAGAACAAAGUUAGCCAGAUCGUCACCGCGGCACGCGUGGCAACGGAGUUUGCACAAACAGCAAUGCUCCAGUUCGAAGAUGGUACUAAAAGGGCAGGUUUCCCAGUGGAAUACCUCCUGCCAUUGGCCCCGAAAUUUACUGAGGACGAGGCGUUGGUUAUUGACGGCCCUAUGAAGGGGAUGAUUGUGCGUUUGCGUGAAGACUCGACCGAAGCCGAGAAGGUCUUAGUUACGCCUUUCGAGGGGAGUGGUGUGGUGGAGAUCGAAUUGGACAAGUUGACAUUGCUUGGAGAAAUGAAGAUGGUUGAGAUAGAAGAAGGAGAGAUCGUGGAUUAG